AUGAGCAUAACUGGAGAUACCACAACUCCGAUUGGAGAAACUCCAAUUCCUGCAAAUCCUCCUAAGGCAGGAGGAUAUGACAUCAAUCACCCAUAUCAUCUCAAUCACUCAGAUUCACCUGGAAUGACUUUGGUCAACACUGUGUUUGAUGGAAAAGGCUACCCAGGUUGGAAGAGAUCCAUUCUCCUUUCCCUUUCAGCCAAGAAAAAGCUUGGUUUCAUCAAUGGAGCUUGCAAGACUCCAGUUCUCGACUCAACUGAUUUUGAGCAGUGGAGUUGUGUCAAUGACAUGGUCACAUCUUGGAUCUUGAAUGCACUAUCAAAAGACAUUGCUGACAGUGUGAUUUAUUCAAAAACAGCAAAGGAACUUUGGGACAGUUUGGAACAGAGGUUUGGGAAGUCUAAUGGUGCAAAACACUUUCACAUGCAAAAAGAAUUAUCAGGAUUAACACAGGGUAAUGCUGACAUUGCAGGAUAUUUCACCAAACUUAAGAGGCUGUGGGAUGAACUAGAUGCUUUGAAUGUAAUCAUAACAUGUUCAUGUGUGUGUUCAUGUGAUGGAAAAGCAAAACUAACUAAGUCCUUGGAGGAUCAAAGGCUAAUUCAAUUUCUAAUGGGUUUGAAUGAUGUGUAUGCACAAGCAAGAGGAAACAUUCUUAUGAUGAGUCCUCUACCUCGCAUGGAUAUUGCAUACUCUUUACUGCUACAGGAUGAGAAUCAAAUAGAGAUAUAUGCAAAUGCACAUUUCUCUUCAGAUUCUGCAUCUUUCAUGGUGGCUGGACAGGGAAAGAAACCAAAUGCUCAAGUUUUUGCUGAUUUUGCAGCAUUCAUGGCAGCAGGACAAGGAAGAAACAUUCAGAAGUUUAGGAAUCAAAGUCCUAAAGGACCAAUAGGACACACUCAAGAGGACUGUUUCAGACUGAUUGGUUUCCCAGAUGAUUUUGAGUUCACUAACACAAAAGUUUAUCAUAAUAAUGUGAAGGCAAAUGUGGCAGUAACUCAUGAAGAAGAUAGUGGAACAGGCCAGAACAAUGAGGGAAACAAUAGCAACUUUGGUGGACACCAUUUCAGCAAAGAACAGAUUGCAGAGAUGAUGGAAAUAUACAAACAAGCAAAAUCAAUACAAGGUGGAGGAUCAGGUAUCAAUGCAAAUGCUGUGGCUGGUACUAUUCUGAAAUACUCAGGUUCAGCAUUUACUAGUUUAAAAACAGAUUCAUGGAUAAUUGAUUCUGGAGCAUCAGAACACAUGUGUUUUGACCCUAAUUCUUUCCUGUUUCUUAUUCCACUCCCAGUACCUUUGAACAUUAAUUUGCCUAAUUCUUUCAAGGACCUUUCAAUGAGGAGUCCUCAAGUUUUUGGUGAAGUUAGAGAAGGUCUUUAUAUUCUAGAGCCUAGUAGUUUCAAGUUCAGUAAUAAUGUAAUUUCAGUUUCAGAAGCAAGAAAUUCUAGUUCUAGGUCUGUUUUAAAUUCAGAAUCAAUUCAUGUCAAUGUGAUACCUGAUGUAAAGCUUUGGCAUGAAAGGUUGGGACAUGUUCCCUUUUCAGCAAUGAAACAUUUACAUUUCUUUCAUUGUGGCUCAAAUUUUGAUUUCAUUUGUGAUAUCUGUCCUAAAGCUAAACAGACUAGAAUUCCUUUUCCCAUCAGUAACAUAAAAACCAAGCAUGUUUUUGAUCUUAUACAUGUUGAUACUUGGGGACCUUACAAAUCUAGCACAUACAAUGGUUUCAAGUAUUUCCUAACUAUUGUAGAUGACUACAGUAGAGGAACAUGGACAUUUCUGUCAAGUGCUAAGAGCAAUGCUUUUCCCAUGUUAAAAUGUUUCCUGUCUAUGGUGGAGAGACAAUUCAAUGUCAAAGUUAAGAUGAUAAGAUCUGACAAUGCUUUAGAGUUAGGAAAGGGGUCAUUGGAAGCAGAUUUUCUUGCAUCAGAAGGAAUCAUACAUCAGCUAAGUUGUGUUGCUACUCCUCAACAAAAUGGGAUUGUUGAGAGAAAGCACAGACAUCUCUUAGAAGUGGCAAGGGGUCUAAUGUUUCAGUCCAGUCUACCAAUAUCAUGUUGGGGAGAAUCUAUACUCACUGCAACACACAUCAUAAAUAGGUUACCUUCCAAGGUUCUCAAUGGUAAGACCCCUUUUGAAGUUCUUUUCAAGCAAAAGCCUAAAUAUGAUCAUUUGAGAAACUUUGGUUGUUUAUGCUAUGCCUCUACUUUAAAACAAGGAAGAAGUAAAUUUGAUCAAAGGGCAACUGCUUGUGUGUUGAUUGGUUAUCCUUUGAAUCAGAAAGGAUACAAGCUAUUAGAACUAGAAACCAAGAAGAUUUUUGUUUCUAGAGAUGUAAAGUUCUUUGAAUCACAUUUUCCAUUUGCUAAACUUAAGCCCAUUCACAAUCCUAUCUUUUCAGACUCACCACUCUCUUUGGAUCCUACUCAACAGACACAGGAUCGAAUAUCCACUGGUGAAGUUAUGGAGGAUAACUAUCCAUCCUUUCCAUCCUCACCUUAUUUCCACUCUCACUCCCCUGGUCCUUCUACUCCUUCCUUCACACCCUCCUCUUCUCAAUCUGAUUCACCUGUCCCUCACACCAGUCCCAACAUAUAUCCAAUCCAACCUCCUAACCCUGCACCUAUAUAA